AAUUAAAAGUCAUUAAACAAAUAAUAAAAAACCCAUUUUCAUAAUUUCAUUUCAUUUCCCUUCACUUUCCUUUUCUCUCAAUCUCUCUCCUGAAGAUUCACAGAAAUGCCCGAGAAGAGCAGUCGAAAACCGCAGAGCUUGAACGAUCGUCACUAUCGUCUUCUCCAAGACCUCGCUUCUCCCACUAAACCCUCCUUCAAUCUCUCCUUUUCUGACGACGAAGAAGAAGAAGAUACAAAGACUUCCCUGGUUAAACUCAAAGCUUCUUCCAAACAAUCCGACGCCGUAUUCGAAGAAGAAGACGUAAAGCCAUUCGUGGUUAAACAGAAAGCUUCGUCCAGACAAUCUGAGGCCGUUCAUGAAGGCAAAGGCAUUGUUUGCAAAGUCUUAUCUGGAGACAAUGCUCAUGCUGUGAACAAAUCAGUGCACGAAGAAGUGGAAGAUGUAAAGCCAUCUGUGGUUAAAUUGAAAGCUUUGUCCAAACAAUCCGACGCUGUUUAUGAAGGCAAAAGCGAUGUUUUCAAAGUUUCAUCCAAAGACAAUGCUCAUACUGUUAACAAAUUAGUGCAUGAGGAAGAAAAGUCACUAAAGGUUAAAAUUCAAGGUAGACGCCGUCUAUGCAAAGUCUCAUCUCGAGAUGUUGACAGUGUUGAGGGUAGCACCGUUGUUGAUGACGAACCUAAAUUUUCUGAUUUUGACUCAACCCCACCGGCUAAAAAAGUAAGUGAGAGUGAUAAUUACAAGGGUGGAAAUGAAAUUAGGGAUAUUUUAAAUGAUUUGAGCGCAAGGCUUGAGAUUUUGUCGAUUGAUAGAAAGAGAGUCUCUAAAACUACUGAUCGGGUGGAUGAGUUGUCCAAAUUGGUUAAGAAUGGAGACAUUAUUGAUGAUCGAGAAGUUAAUUUGCCCGAAUAUGCAAGUGCUGAUUCAUCUUUUUCCCUUACACCUGAUCUUUCUGAUUCCUCAUCAGAUGCUAGUAAGAAUAUUGUUGGCGGUGGUGUUGAGAGUGCGGUGGCUGAUUAUGAAGAGUCCAGGGGUGAUAAUUUUGGUGAUGAGGUAGACGAAACCAAGAACAUUGGUAUAGGACUAAAGAAGAAUGUACAGAGAAGAGAGAAUGAGAGUUUGCUGUCUGCAAGACAGUCUUUUGAGUCUAAUGUUGAAGAAGAAGAGGAUGGUGAGUCUGAGUUUGAUGAUCAUAUAAAUAGAUUAUACGAAACUGAGAAACAUGGUCCAAUACUGAUGAAAAGCGAACCUAAAAGGGGGCUUCAGAGAUUAAGAUCUGUGGGUCGAUCUUUUGUGUCUUAUGGUAGAGAAGAGCAUGAUGACAAUGAUGAUUGUGUAGUUGUGAGUGGAAAUAAGGUGGUUAAAAGAACAGAGAGGUGUGGAGGUGAGUUGAAGGAGUCUGAUCACUCUGGUGUGGUCAAUGUACUGGAUGAUUACAGGGAUGAAUCUGUUUCAGAGGAUGAUGGUUCCAUUUCUUUAAGUGGACAAAGGUCUACUUAUUUGCUGCCUGGAAAGAUUGCAAAAAUGUUGUUUCCACAUCAGCGUGAGGGGUUAAGGUGGCUUUGGUCUUUGCAUUGUCAGGGUAAAGGUGGAAUAUUAGGGGAUGACAUGGGGUUGGGGAAAACAAUGCAGAUAUGUGGCUUUUUAGCUGGAUUGUUUCACUCAAGAUUGAUCAAUAGGGUAUUGGUUGUUGCCCCAAAAACACUGCUUCCUCAUUGGAUCAAAGAAUUAUCUGUUGUGGGGCUUUCUAGGAAGACUAGAGAAUAUUUUGGGACUUGCACUAAAACUCGGCAAUAUGAACUCCAAUAUGUACUUCAGGAUAAAGGUAUUCUUCUGACAACUUAUGAUAUUGUGCGCAACAACUCAAGGUCUCUAAGGGGGGACAAUUACUUUAUUGAUGAGAGUAGUGACAAUGAUGCCACAUGGGAUUAUAUGAUUCUUGAUGAGGGCCAUCUCAUAAAAAAUCCAAAUACACAGAGGGCCAAAAGUUUGCUUGAGAUACCAAGUGCUCAUCGUAUAAUUAUUAGUGGUACACCAAUUCAAAACAACCUUAAGGAAUUGUGGGCCUUAUUCAACUUCUGUUGCCCAGAGUUAUUGGGUGACAAUAAAUGGUUUAAGGAAAAAUACGAGAUUCCUAUACUGAAAGGAAAUGACAAGCAUGCUUCUGAUAGGGAAAAGCGUAUUAGUUCAGCAGUUGCAAAGGAGCUACGAGAACGUAUUCAACCUUAUUUCUUGCGUCGCUUAAAGACUGAGGUGUUCCAUGAAGAUGAUGCCACAAAAAGUGCCACACUUUCCAAGAAGAGUGAGAUCAUUGUGUGGCUAAGACUGACUAAUUGUCAGCGGCAACUCUAUGAAGCCUUUUUGAAUAGUGAGCUGGUUCUUUCUGCUUUUGAUGGAUCGCCAUUGGCUGCACUUACGAUUCUCAAGAAAAUAUGUGAUCACCCACUUCUCUUGACAAAGAGAGCAGCUGAAGAUGUACUUGAUGGGAUGGAUUCAAUGCUAAACCCUGAAGAUGCUCGUGUGGCAGAAAAAUUGGCAAUGUAUAUUGCUGAUGCUGCCGAGGAAGAUGACUUCCAAGAGCAGCAUGACAAUGUCUCAUGCAAAAUAUCUUUUAUCUUAUCCUUAUUGGAUAAAUUAGUUCCAGAGGGUCAUAAUGUUCUUAUUUUCUCACAAACUCGCAAAAUGCUUAAUCUUAUUCAGGAAUCUAUAGUAUCCAAUGGUUACAAGUUCUUACGCAUUGAUGGUACUACAAAAGCUAGUGACAGAGUGAAGAUCGUUAAUGAGUUCCAAGAAGGUGAUGUGGCUCCUAUAUUUCUUCUGACAUCUCAAGUUGGUGGUCUUGGUCUUACACUUACUAAAGCAGACCGUGUGAUUGUGGUGGAUCCUGCUUGGAAUCCAAGUACUGAUAAUCAAAGUGUUGAUCGUGCUUAUCGAAUCGGGCAAAAAAAAGAUGUUUUUGUGUACAGAUUAAUGACCUGUGGAACCGUUGAAGAAAAGAUAUACAGAAAGCAGAUAUACAAGGGAGGGUUGUUUAAAACUGCAACUGAGCACAAAGAACAGAUUCGGUAUUUUAGCCAGCAGGAUCUUCAGGAGCUUUUCAGCCUUCCUAAACAGGGAUUUGAUAUUUCUCUGACCCAGCAGCAAUUACAUGAAGAGCAUGGCAACCAGCAUAACAUGGAUGAAUCCUUGGAAGCCCACAUAGAGUUCCUGGAAACUCUAGGUAUUGGUGGAGUUAGUCACCACAGUUUACUUUUCUCCAAGACAGCCCCAGUGCAAGUAGUGCAGGAAGAUGAGGAAGAAUUAAGGAAAAAGAGCUCCACAUUUGUAGGGAAUUCAUCGUCUAGCUAUUCGGUUGAACGUAAUGUUGAUGGGGCCGAGUAUGCUUUCAAACCAAAAGAUAUAAAGCAGCUGAACAAGAAAAACUCUUUCCCUUCUCCUGAGAGUCUAUCUAAAUUGAGGGAGUCUGAAAUCAAAGAAAGAAUUAAUCGGCUGUCUCAACUUUUUGCUAAUAAGGGUACAGUUUUACCAGAUAAGGGAGCGAAACUGCAGAAGCAGAUUGCUGAGCUGAACUUGGAGCUCAAGAAGAUGAGGAUGGAGGAAAGAUCCGAGCCCGGAGUCAUUGAUCUGGAUGAGCUAACGGGUAAUUUCACAAGAGCUCUGAAUGUAGAGAACCAUUUGUGCUAAACAAGUUAUGCUUGUGGAAAGGUGAUAAAUAGAUAUUUGUUUUGGUAGACUUAGAAUUUGGAUUUGUCUACCAAACAAUGCUGUUUUAAAUGACAAUGCUUUCAUUAUUGAAAUGAAUCCAAAUUCAAAUCACAAAAGAAAGCAAAUGUUGUAUGUAUAAUCCACUCAAUGACAAUGCUAGUAUGAAGGUUUUGCAAUGAAAGACAGCA